GCCGGUGUCAGUAGACCCUGUGUGCGCGUGCAUGUGAGAGUUGGGAGGGAAGAAGAAGCUCUUCGGAGUCCAGCAACAAUUUCAUCACGCGCGGAACGAGCCGGCUAGGCAUCGUCGCCUGAGUGAAGCGUGGCUCUUGCGCAGCUGCAAGUCCUACUACGCGACCCCGAAUCCAUAGCCCGCCCGCGCCUUGUCCUCGAUACUCUUCCUCGACACCAACACCCUUUUGGGAGAAGAGCUUGGAGACAUGGAGGGACGGCUGCGCAUGGCGGCAAUGCUGCUAUUGCAGCUUGUCGGCACAUUGGCUGCUGAGAUGAAAAUCGACCAGACAGACGCCAGCAGACAAGUAUGCUCCGGCAUGUACUCGCGCAAGUCGUGGGGUGGCAGCAUCGAUCCCUUCAUAAUGGUCAAAUUCAUACAUCCCGAGAACCUCCCCGACGACCAAGAUCCCAUAGUCAGCCUGGUCAUAUUCGAAUGGGCCGACAAACCUCUCAUUGGAAGACCUGAUCCAAAUGAUUCGACUAUUGACGACUAUCUAUGCGAUGAAGGCGCCAGAGACGCAGGCCUAUGCAAAGAAGCCGAUCUCGGAUCCUUCAUUCUUGCCUCGAAUGCCACUGGCAUGUCCAAAUCCCUAAUACGCACCGAAGCCAUUCAUCUGAAAGAGCCGGGCGCUGUCAAUUACCCCAUCAAGAGGACGGGAUACUACUGCGUGAGCACAGCUGCAUACAGUGCUGCCGACUAUACUGGCAUUGUGGAGUUCCGCAACGCAUUCGGAGAGCUUCCUGCUGCCCAAAUCGCGAAGCUACCAUUCUAUGCCGCUUUCACAAUUGUCUACGCCUUCCUCGCCAUGGGCUGGGCCGUGCUCUACUGGAUGAACAGACGCGAUAUUCUUGCUGUCCAAAACUACAUCACAGCCAUCGUCGUCUUCCUGGUCAUCGAGAUGUUCAUGACUUGGCUCUUCUACGAUUACCAGAAUCGACAUGGACUCAACGCAGGCGCCAAGGCUCUCCUCAUCGUCGUUUCCAUCUUGAGUGCUGCUAGGAACAGCUUCUCAUUCUUCCUGCUGCUGAUCGUGUGCAUGGGUUACGGUGUGGUCAAGCCUACAUUGGGCAAGACCAUGAUUUAUGUGCGAUGGCUGGCGAUCACCCAUUUCGUCUUUGGAGUCAUCUAUGCUAUUGCAUCACUUGCAGUAACGCCCGAGAACGCUGGUCCGCUCGUGCUCCUCGUCGUUCUUCCGCUAGCAGGAACGCUGACCGCCUUCUACAUCUGGACAUUGAACAGCCUCAACUAUACCAUGAAGGAUCUUAUGGAGCGCAAGCAGACCAUCAAAGCCGCAAUGUACCGCAAGCUCUGGUGGUGCAUCCUGAUUAGCAUCGUCGUCAUCUUUGCCUUCUUUUUCGUCAACAGCUGGACCUUUGCGGGGCAGAGCAAUGCCGACUUUGUGCCAAACCACUGGCAGACGCGAUGGUUCAUCUUGGAUGGCUGGCUGAAUCUUGUCUAUUUCUUCGACGUGGCUUUCGUCGCGUACGUGUGGAGACCGACGGCAAACAACAGGAGAUUUGCAAUGUCGGACGAGAUUGCGCAAGACGACGACGGCUUUGAGAUUGCCUCGAUACGAGAUUCCAUGGACAUGGAAGACGACCUCGAAGCUAUGGAAGCUAAUGGCAACAAAGCACCGCCCCCAUACGAUGCACCGAGAAGCGGCUCCAGCUCGCACAGAGAUGCAUCACCGCUGCCGGCUCCUACCCCUAAGAAGCCCGCUACCUUGCCACGUGAAUCAUUGGACGGGGAGACCAUUUUCGCGCUGGGCGACGAAGACAAGCUCACUGACGACGAAGACGACGAAUCGGAAAACAAGCGGCUCACUGGUAAGAGUAGCUAGGAAUUUGUCUCGCCUACGACGCUUGAUCCCUAGCGUAUGUAUGAAAGUUCAAUUGCUACCUCC